GUCCGGACUCCGGGGUCGCGGUGCGGCCGCGCCCACCCCGCCCGCGUAAGCGCGCUUCCGGAAACUGCUCGCUCCUGGGAACCGGGUUUCCCCGUGUAGGUUCCGGAAGACCUCGGUUCUCUGAGCCUAGCGUGCAGUGCAGCCCGGGCUUCUGUGGCCCCUGGGGCCAAGUGCUUUGUUCAGGGCUCGUUGUCGCCCCUGCGCGCGCAGAGAGGCCGAAGUCCUGGUGUCGCGCGCACCGGGGACCCGCGAGGGCUGAGCACAGGGUGCGAGCGUUGCAGCCGGAGCUCCGGAGCUCCGGAGCUCGUGCGCCCCGCGUAGCCUGGGGCAUCCCAGGCAGCUGCGGCUCCAGUGCAGUCCCUACGAGGCGGUCGCGCCAGCGACUGCCAAGGCGGUGCCAUGCUGGGCCCGUCCGGGAGCCCGGGAAGGGAAAGCGGAAGCCGCGCGCCCGGCCGGUGACCCGGAGGACCCGGCGCCUAACCCCGGCUGCUCGCAGCACCCGCGCCUGCCCUCGGCUGCCAGCCCGGCGGCACCCGGCGCGCCGUGACCAUGGCCAUCGCCCACUUGGCCACGGAGUACGUGUUCUCGGACUUCUUGCUAAAGGAGCCCACCGAGCCCAAAUUCAAGGGGCUGCGGCUGGAGCUAGCGGUGGACAAGAUGGUCACAUGCAUCGCCGUGGGUCUGCCUCUGCUGCUCAUCUCGCUGGCCUUCGCUCAGGAGAUCUCCAUCGGUACACAGAUAAGCUGCUUCUCCCCAAGCUCUUUCUCCUGGCGACAGGCCGCCUUUGUGGAUUCAUACUGCUGGGCCGCGGUGCAGCAGAGGAGCUCCCUGCAGAGCGAGUCCGGGAACCUCCCGCUGUGGCUGCACAAGUUCUUCCCCUACAUCCUGCUGCUGUUCGCCAUCCUCCUGUACCUGCCCACGCUCUUCUGGCGCUUUGCCGCAGCGCCGCACCUCUGCUCCGACCUGAAGUUCAUCAUGGAAGAGCUUGACAAAGUCUACAACCGCGCCAUCAAGGCCGCCAAGAGCGCCCGGGACUUGGACCUGGACCUGAGAGACGGACCCGGACCGCCAGGAGUGAAUGAGAAUGUGGGGCAAAGUCUGUGGGAGAUAUCUGAAAGCCACUUCAAGUACCCAAUCGUGGAGCAGUACUUGAAGACAAAGAAGAACUCUAGCCAUUUAAUCAUGAAAUACAUUAGCUGCCGGCUGGUGACAUUCGCAGUCAUACUGCUGGCCUGCGUCUACUUGGGCUAUUACUUCAGCCUCUCCUCGCUCUCAGACGAGUUUCUGUGCAGCAUUAAAUCGGGCGUCCUGAGGAAUGACAGCGCCAUCCCUGACCGCUUCCAGUGCAAGCUCAUCGCUGUGGGCAUCUUCCAGCUGCUUAGCCUUAUUAACCUCAUAGUGUACGCCCUGCUGGUUCCCGUGGUCAUCUACACGCUGUUCGUCCCCUUCCGGCAGAAGACGGACGUUCUCAAGGUGUAUGAAAUCCUGCCCACCUUCGAUGUCCUGCAUUUCAAGUCUGAAGGCUACAACGACUUGAGCCUCUACAACCUCUUUCUGGAAGAGAACAUAAGCGAGCUCAAAUCGUACAAGUGUCUUAAGGUGCUGGAGAACAUUAAGAGCAACGGGCAGGGCAUCGACCCCAUGCUGCUCCUGACCAACCUAGGCAUGAUCAAGAUGGACGUCAUGGAUGGGAAGACUCCCAUGUGCUCAGAGGUCAAGGGAGAGGACCAGGGCAGCCGGACGGUGGAGUUCAAAGAUUUGGACCUGAGCAGCGACACUACAACAAACGUCGGAGAGAAGAACUCUCGACAGAGACUUCUGAAUUCAUCGUGCUAAUGGUUUCAUUCUUGACUGUCGAGUCUAAUGGUUUCAUUCUUGACUUUCGAGUCCGUGACUUCUGCCGUUGAAAGCACCCCUGUUGGGUCUGUAGCUGGUUUGCAGUAAGAUGUUUUCGGUAGUGAUGUGGUGUGUGUUUUACAAGUCUCUAAUAGAUAUAAUGGCCAGUAGUGUCAAGGAAGAAUGGGUUAGGACUGUCCUAUAAGACAAAUUAUGGAAAUGAGUAAGUGGACUUUGCCCGAAGUCCUCACUGAAGGGCUAUUAAGAGCACAGAGCCUUUCGGAGAAACACUGUUCUGGACUGACGGUGUUUUGAAACCUGGAGCUUCUGGGGAGCAAGCACUUUGGGGGAGGUCUUGUUUUGUGAGCUAAUAAUAAACACGUCAGGAUUUAAUUUAA